AUGUCUACCGUUCGUUUCCCGAACGCCAGUCUCAAUGUUAGAGCAAAACCCACUCGUUUGCAUAUAUCACUCUCAUCGUUUAGUAUUACAAGGAGAAAAGCAACUCUCGCUGUUUCAUUCGGCAAUCUCAUUGGUAUACGCUUUUAGACCUACCUCCUCUUACACCCAGCAAAGUCGUGCACUCUUAAGUCUCAGAUCUUCAAUCAUCGAAAGUUUGUGGUAAGAGUGCUUUGAGCGUGUACCGAUUUUAGAAGUACAACGUUGUGAAUUUUACUGAAUGAACGAACAUACAUGUUUCUAUUUAAUUAUCUAACCUUAGGAAUGUCAAGAAUAGUUGUAAAACUGAAAAUAACAAGUUCAGUACUGAAAGCUUAAUAUAAAAGUAAUUUGAA